AAUAAAAAAUUACGAACCUUGUACCAAUCCUACAUAGACGGUACCGUGGGAAUAAGUUUUUAAACCAACGCAAUUAGGGAAUUAGUUUAUAAUUAAGCAACAUCUACGGAAAUCGUUCCUUUCCUCCUUUUCAUCUCAAAAAAAAAAAAAGCUCAGAAUUCUUAAUGGAAAACAAGGAGAGAGAAACCUAGAGAGAGAAAAUAUGUCCUCCUUCAACAAUGAUGGAGAUGAGCUCAAAACCACCGAUCAUCCUUGAAAAACCAUGGCGAUGGGCUUCGAUUCUUCUCAGUGUUUCAAUUUCAUCGGUUUUGGCGACGCGGUUGCUAAGCAAAGAUGUUCGGAGGAAUGUUCCAGAAGAAACCAAGCAAGGAAGAAGCUCUGCCGCAGCUUUGAUCCCACGAAUUGAUGUUCGGAGCAUGGGUUGUUGCUAUUCGGGUCACUCAUUAUUUUCUUCAGUAUUUUUCCAGAAAGAGGAGAUUACUUUGGAUCUUUGAUUCAACCCCACCAAAAUUAAGCGAUCUCACAGGUUUAUCUGCCGUAGCAGUUUCUGAAAGAUGGAAUUACUACAGAUUGGGAUGCUGUUAUUGAUGCUGCAAUUGCAGGUUGGUGCAAAAUAAUGUAGUGCUUGAAGUUAGUCUUGUGCUUCUAUAACAAAAAAGAAAAUUCAACUGCGUGGCCCUCCUUGACUCCAUAUCAACUUAACUACCGAAAAAGCAACCUGGAUAUCCUUGUUAAGUAAAGAGGUCUUCUUGUAUAAAUCUUGAUGAUCUGUGAGCAAUAAUGUACCCCUCGAAUCUGUCAGCUAGCCCUAUACAACAACUGAGUUGUAAUAACUCUAAAGUUGCUGUAGUUCUCACUCGCUCGCUGGGCUUUGUUGAGUUCCAGGGGGAAAAGAGGAGAAGAUCGAGAGGAAGACAAUCUCAGAGAAGUUCUCAAGCACUCUGCUCAAAUGCUUUUGGAGCUCCAAACCUCAUAAUAAGUAUCUCAAGUCCAAAUUUGUUCAACAAUGUCGAUUUGUUUCCAUCACAUUCCUGUCAAACUUCCAGGAUUCAACAACAAAAAGGUCUUGAUAAUUUCUCAAUUUUUUGCAGACUGUCUGGGUCUAGGAGGGAAUUGACAAUAGUCUCCAUGUCGUCAGUUGCUACUGAUGCGGUGAAGGACGUACUUGCAGCGAAUUAUAUACCUGCAGCUCCUAUACUUAUCCCUGAAGGACCUUGGCAGCAGAUUUCUGGGGGAGGUACAGCUGCGAAGGGAUUCAAGGCUGCCGGUAUUUAUGGUGGUUUGAGGGCCCAAGGAGAGAAACCUCCUUACUUACAAAUUUCUGAACAUUUAGGCUAUAAUAUGAAUGCUAUAAUAAUUAACUCGGUUUCUUCCUUCAUUGUUUCAUCAUGAAGAUUGGUUGGGUGCUAUUGUUUCUACUUUUAAGGUUUUGUUCAUUUCCUUUUUUUUUGUUAUAUUUCUUGUACCUUUAUUAUGAACGAUGCUUUAAUUUCUAUCUAUGCAGAAAUGGAGGGUGACAAAUUAUUUCAGAAUUUUGGGGUGGUUUCGAUUCAGUUUGGUAAAAAAAUUGGGAUUAUAUUCCCAUGCAUCAUAAAGCUAGGGUUUUAUUUAUUUAUAUAUUUGAUUUAGAUCAUUCAGUAUCUAAUUGAUUAUUUUCUAUAUGAAGUCUGCUGGAAUAUCAGCUCCAACUAUUGGAAGAGUCGAGAACACUCAUUAUUACCAUCCUGGAAUUGUUGCUCCUCAGUAAAUUUUCAGUUUUUUUUAUAAGCCCCUAAUUACUAUAAUAAUGUUGCCAUGUUUUUAAUAAAUAUAGGAAGAUAGAAUGCUUGCAAAAUUAAACAAAUUUUUCUUAUGACUAUAAGACAAAGAGGGUUCUUAAUUCAUCUGGAAUAGAGUAACAAACCUUCUUUUGAUCUUAUAAUUUAAGUUUAUAUUGUGGAUAUUUAACCUCAUGUAAAAAUCCCAUUUUGACUUUUUUUUUUAAAAAAAAAUAAAUUAUUUUUGCUUUGUUCGUGAAGAGAGUAACAGGGGAAAUGGGGAGAUUGAAUGGGAUCUGAAGUGAAAAGGUUAAUGGCUAGCGAAAGAGCAGCAUUAAGUGAGUUCUUCGAUCUCCAAUGCCUUCCCUUUUUAGUAUCCUUUUAUUCUUUGGCAAAUAUCUUUUUGGUUCAUUUAUGUUUACUCUAUUUCUCAGGGUUUUUUUUUUGGUGUUUAUUUUUUUUGGUGUUUAUUUUGAUGAAUUUGAAUUUGAGAUUUGGGUUUUGUUUAUUUAUAGGUAUUGUUGGAAUUCUGUAGAGGGGAAAAAAUGAGUUUAGUUGUGCAAUUUAAUCCAAAAUGCUCAUAGUUAAAUCUGGUUCACUUUUGAUUUCUUGAUUAUCCAUGUUUAUUUUGAUUUGAGUUUCUCUAUUUUGAUGCGAGUAUUAGUGAGCAUUUGGGAAAACUAUUACUCAUACUUUAUUGAUCGGUAGCUAACAUAAGCAUUACCUUGAAUUGAGAAUUUGUACAUGCUUAUAAUAUGGCUGAAAAUUGUUAUUUGUGAGCUAUAAUAAGCGAAUUUAUAGUGUUGUCUGAAUAUUAUUAAAUCUGUUAAGAUAGCUCAAAAGAUUGGUAUUUUUAGUGUCGUAGAUAACAUGAUUCUUUUGCUAAGUAAUUUGGUAAAGUUUGGACUAAAAAAUAUGUUUGAUUACAUUGUAAUUUAUUUACUUUAAUAAUAUAGCCUCCAUUGUGGAUCGUUGAGUCUAUUCUCGUGUACUGAUGUAUUUUUCUUUAGAGGGCAACUAAGUAGGAGAUGAGUGGCAUAUGAUUUCUUAUAAACUAUCAUGGGUGCAUUUUUAGAAUAUACCUUACUAUAAAAUUAUGAUAUUUAAUUUAAUGUCUCAAUAAUUUUAAUGGAGGAAUAGGAAGCUGAAUCAAUCACUGCAGAAUUGAGUUUUUUCAGCAUUAUUGAUAUUUUUACUUAUACUAUUUUUGCUUUUGUUAUAUGAUGGGACUU